AUGGCACCACUCAUCAACAUCCUCACCUUCCUUCUCCUCCUCACCACACCCAUCCUCUCAACACCAACACCAAAUUCCCAAGCUACCUCAGCAGCAGCCAACGAAUACGAUUACAUAGUAAUCGGAUCCGGACCCGGCGGCGGUACCGUCGCCUCUAAUCUCGCACGCGCAAACUACACCGUUCUCCUCCUCGAUGCUGGCGACCAAAGUACCGCCAACACUGGCGGCCAAUACCCAGCGCAGAUAACCUGGGAUUUCUUCGUGAAGCACUAUGCUGAUGAGCGACAGACGAAGUAUAGCCAUUUAACAUGGCGAACCAAGGAAGGUGCUUAUUGGGUUGGGAGAGACAAUCCACCUGCUGGAGCGAAGCUGUUGGGUGUAUAUUAUCCUCGAGGAGCGACUGUGGGUGGGAGUAGCAUGAUCAAUGCUAUGGUUACGUUCCUGCCAGCGGAUAGCGAUUGGACUCAUAUUGUUAAUAUUACUGGGGAUCAGUCUUGGAGUCCUGCGAAUAUGAGAAACGUCUUUAUGAAGAUUGAACACAACAACUACCUGCCAAAAGGCACCGCAGGUCAUGGAUUCGACGGCUUCUUCCAGACCAUGAUGGCCAAACCUUCGAGCGUCCAAAACCCAGGACUUGCAGCUCUCAACGCAGCAGCCGCCUCAUUCGGUGCCCAAGCAAGUCAAUUGACCGCCAUGCUGAGUACCGAUCCCAACGCAGUAGACCCCAACCGCGACCAAGCAACAGGAAUCUUCGGUCUCCCAUCCCACACCCGCUCCAACGGCCAACGCUACAGCUCCCGCGACUACAUCCUCGACACAAUCAACCUCAAAUACCCGCUAACCCUCUCCAUGAACUCCCUCGCCACGCGCAUCCUCUUCAACACCACGGGCUGCACCACCAAACCCCGCGCCACAGGCGUUGAAUACCUCGCAGGAAAGUCCCUCUACAAAGCCGACCCGCGCUACAGCCCCUCCAACAAAGGCAUCCUCACCACCGCCACCGCGAGGAAAGAGGUCAUCCUCUCCGGCGGCGCCUUCAACACGCCGCAACUCCUCAUGCUCUCGGGCAUCGGCCCACCAGACCAACUGUCAGCCCUCUCCAUCCCCCUCCUCGUCUCCUCGCCAGGCGUCGGGAAGAACAUGCAAGACAACCAAGAAGUCCCCACCGUCGGCCAGUUCCCCAGCGCCGGGAUGGGCAGCGCAGGCGGUUGUAUAAUGCGCAAGACGCCCUUCGCGGCCUACGACGAGCGCGACGUCUUCAUCAUGCAAUUCCCCGGCGUGUUCCGCGGGUUCUGGCCCUCCAACCAAACCAACACAAAGCUAGCCACCGAUCCGCAGGGUAGUUACGGGAUUAGUCUCGUGAAAAUGCAUCCCCAGAACAAAGCUGGCACGGUGAAGUUACUGUCCAAGGACCCGCAGGAUAUGCCGGAGAUAAAUUUUAACUUGUUUAAAGAGGGACGGGACCUUGAUAUGGGCGCGAUGAAAGACACAGUCGCCUGGGCGAGACGGAUUUUCGCUGCCAUCAAAGCACCCGCGGGACCGGUCAAGGUGUUGGAACCGCCGUGUGCGAGUGUAGAUGCGAAUGGUAGUUGUGGACAGACUGACGAAGAUUGGAUCUCGGCGCAGACGUUUGGACAUCAUCCGACGAGCACGGCGGCGAUUGGGGCGGAUGGCGAUGCGAAUGCGGUGCUGGAUUCAAGGUUUAGGGUUAGGGGGGUCGGCGGGUUAAGGGUCGUGGAUGCGAGUGUGUUUCCUAGGAUCCCGGGGGUGUUUCCUGUGGUUAGUACUUUUAUGGUUGGGCAGAAGGGGGCGGAUGUUAUUCUUGAGGAUGCGGGGAAGGGGGUUUGUUAA